CGCCGUAAGGGGAAGUGUCGUCAGUCCCCGUAAACAUAACUACUUUUUUCGCAGUUCCACACAGUUUUGUUUUAAAAGUUUCAAAGGAAGUUAUGUGCGUGAGUCUCUCGUCCUUAUAGACUCUUGAAGGAUACGUGACUGGUCUCCACUGUGUAGUUUGUACAGUUUAUACGUUUAAUUGUGUUUAUUUUUUGUUAUUGUUAAGUUUUUUGUUUGGUGCAUCUCGCCGGUCCGGAGACCGGCGGUCCCACGGAGGCAUCAAGCCUGGACGCACAAUUAAAGGACCACAAAGGACGAAGCCUUUAGGGCGUGUAGUUGUGGUGGUGUCGGCGAGCGGUCGCCGCCCCAACCGUCAAGCUGGCAGCGAGCGCGCUGAGCAUGAACCCGCACUACCACGGGUACGGGGAGCUGAGCUCGCCGCACCCGCCCUCGCCCGAGGCCGCCUUCGCCGCCAACGGGCACGACUAUCCGCACAACAACAACAACCCCGCGCUCAAGGAGUGCGCCGGCUGCGGCGGCAAGAUCGUCGAGCGUUUCCUGUUGCACGCGCUCGACCGGUACUGGCACCACGGCUGCCUCAAGUGCACAUGCUGCGGACAGGCGCUUGCGGACAUGGGUCGCUCCUUCUACUUCAAAGGCGGCAUGAUACUAUGCAAAAACGACUACACAAGAAUGUUCGGGUCGAGCGGCGCGUGCGCGGCGUGCGGCCAGGCCAUCCCCGCCAGCGAGUUCGUGAUGCGGACCAGCGCACCGCAGCAGCCGCUACACGUCUUCCACAUAAAGUGCUUCGCGUGUUCCAAGUGCGGCUCACACCUCAUGCAGGGCGACAGGUACUACAUGCUGGCGGGUUCACUGGUGUGCGAGCAGGACUGGCAGAAGCUGAUGAAAAGCGCGAACGCAGCGCCCGGUCCUGGCGCGCCCCUGCGCAAGGGCAAGGUGGGGCGGCCGCGCCGCUCGCGAGAAUGAGUACACACACACUCGCAGCGGGACUAUGAACAGAUGAUGGCUUGUUCGUACUUGAGUGCGGCGGGCGCGAAGCCGGCGACAGCUGGCGCGAGCGGCGCGGGUGUUGCGGGCUGCUGGACGCCGCCCAACUACACCUGCCUGCCAGAGCCGGACUCACUGCCCGGGAACACACAGCCGCCAUGCCCUCAACCGUGUCCCCAGGCGCACACCACUAGCGACUAUUGUGCAUUGGGAGCACCGCGCCAUGAGCCAGCACUCGACCUCACGACCAACUCCUCAUCUGUUAAGCCCCGCGUCCCCUCGCCCACGGGGGACACAGAGUGAAAGUGUUGUGACAAAAGACAAUUGGACUUAACACGGCCAACAUGAAAUUAUUACUAAAAGUACUGCUUUUAUCUCAUUAACAGUAUGAUUAGUAACAAUUCUUAUAACGCCAGUGUAUUAUUAAGUUAUAUUUCAGUACUACGUCAACACGGUCGUUGCCGCGCUCAUUACAUUAUCAGAUUUAUAAACAGUACAAUCGUGCACAAAUCUCCGUGUAACGAUUGUGUUGGCGACUGUACUCUUUACAUAUUUAAUUUCGGUUGUGAAAAUGGCAAUUUAUGUAAAACUUACUCGCUGUGUAAAUUUCUAUUGAAAUGUGUAACUUAGCGUUGUUCGGAAUUAGAUGUGUUAAACACAAAGCGUGUUGUUUCUAUAAUAAAAGUGAUAUUGUAGAUGUGAGUGAACAAAGGCAUAUCCUACGUAAUAAUGUUACAAUUUAAAGGCACUCACUCAAUGAUUUAUAUGUAAAGGAUCAACAGAUGGAUACAUCAGUGUACUUAAUGCAUAUUAAGACCUAAAUAAAUUGUAUGCGCUUAUGAUGUGAGCUAAAUUAAACGCAAUAAACAUCGAACAAAGAACUUUUUAAUAUUGUCGUGUUAUGUUAGUUAAAAAUAAUAUACAAAUCACAGACUACUAUUAUUAGUAUUUCAAUAAGUUGUGAUGGAAUUUAUUGGUAUUUUUUAUUUAUUAUCUUUGAUAUUACGUUGUGGAAUUAUUGUCUAUUGUGUAUGUAAAAUCAUAGACAAUUUCGUCAUUGUUUUGUUCUUGCCAGCCAGUAGUAUGUCGGUGCAUAAUGUUAACAUGCACAUCUCUGUGAUUUGUAAUCUUGCGUGUAAAUAAAAUCUCGAAUAAAUUUGUUAUUUCGUUUAUAAUGACGCGCUGUUACUUAAACUUCUAAUAGCUACUUUAUUAUUAAUCAUUGAAACUGUAAAUAUUAGUAUAAACGAAUUUAGAUAAUAAGUAGACACAUGUCGUACCUAAAAGUUUAGGCGCGAACUUCGUAGCAAUAAUUAUGGAUGCCAACGUUGAAGUUUGAAUUCAUGUAACCGCGCCUUGUGUAUAUAUUGAAUGAUAAAACUUUACCAUCAACUUAAACUAGACUCGUUUGAAUCAAUUAUAUAAACAGUUAGUGUAAGUUAUCAUAAACGCUGACAUUCCUUCUUGUUAUAAAAUUUAAAAUAUUAACAUUUACCCGCGAAACGGAAACUUCGCCUCAUUUAGGUAUCCGCAGAACACAGCUAAAUAAUUUAAUCUGUAUUUGAUUAUUACUUAUCGAAGUACUUCAUAAUGUUAGCGUUUAGAAUCUUGCCAUCUUAUUUUACUCAUUAUAUUGCACUACUUUGAGAGAUGUACAUUUUAUAAAGCCUUGUAUCUGCAAUGUUUUGUUCUAUUUGUAAAACAUACUGAAUGCUCUCUCAAGGAUGUAGCAAUCUGUUUAGUGAAAACAGUUAUGGUGUUACCAGUACUUACACAAAGAACGAUAUUGCAACUAUACUUAGCCUAAGGAAUAUGGCGACAGGAAGAGAUAUUAAAUUUUGU